AUGUUGCCAGAAGAAGUUAAGGCCCCAAGUUCGUUCGCUAAUCGCCGUGUAUGGUCGAAAUUUUUGAUGCAUGAUGGUCGCAUCAUUUGCGAUCGAGUUGAUCGCCCUGAGAACGUCCGUCCCUUGACGUUGCUCAAUUCAAUCUUUAGCGAGUUUGUGGGUGGGUGUCAAGGAAAGAUUGAAAUAACCCGUGAAGACGUGACUUUUGCCGAAAAUGUUGCCAAGGCAAUGCAACAAUAUUAUUCGCUUGAAGCACAGCGAGCAACAGAAUUCCGUGAACUUUUGGAGUCGUAUCUUGGCAUCCCUGUUCUUUGUCAGAAUAACGAAAAAUCUCAAAAUGACGGUUCAAUUUUUUCUGGAAUGCGAGGAUUGCUAUGCAUGAACUUGGAAGUCAAGUUGGAACGAGGUUUAGGCGACGCCGGAAUGCAAAACAUUGCUUUUUACAUUCAUCAAUACAAAUUUGCACGAUACUCCGAAGAAUAUGAAAUUCCAGCGUUGCUGGUGGAAUUGGAAGGCCCGUGGUUGGGAGUAUCGGCUGUGCUUAACAUCAACGGGUCGAUUGUCCAUGAGCAUUUGUCGCCUCAACUUCCGUUGGCUGCACCAAACCACAAACAGUGUUAUUAUGUCUGGCGUCGUUAA